UUUAGAUUAGGUCACUCAACUUUGGAUCAUCUUGUUCGUCUAGAAACAUCCAUAGGUGAAGCUUUUGUACAUCGACAGAACGGUCGUCCAUCCGUCGAUCCUUCUAGUUCCUCCCGCGCUUCAAGGGUCCAAUCGCCGGGUGCCGGCGGGGGAGGGUGCUCGGAAAAUGUCAGCCCCGUGAACUUUCCAUCCCCGAAGAGCACCCCAAAAUCGUGGGGCUAGCAGCGGCGAGCUGCAGCUGCUCCGCCAGCUCCUCGAUCCGGUUCGACGUCAUCAGUGACGUCACGGAUGACGCCAGCGCGCCUGCGACGCCAUCUGUAAACGGGAGGAGCUGCUCCUCUCGCGCUCUCCUGCCCCUGCGCCGCCAACGUCCCUCCGAGACAUCGUCGACUCCGUGUGACCGUGGUCGUCGCUGGCGGAUAAACCCGACGACGAUGCGGCGGGGAGCCCGGUGAACAUGGGAGGAGGCCGUGCCCGUGUGGCCCAGCAGCGACAGCCGCCGCAGCAGCAGCGGGCCUGAGCCGCGCCGCAACAUGUUGCUCAAGGAAUAUCGGAUCCCCCUGCCGCUGUCCGUCGACGAAUACAGGGUGGCCCAGCUCUACAUGAUCGCCAAGAAGAGCCGCGAAGAGAGCAAGGGGGCCGGCAGCGGGGUGGAGAUCCUGGUGAACGAGCCGUACGAAGAUGGGCCUGGCGGCUGUGGGCAGUACACCCACAAGAUCUACCACGUGGGAAGCCACCUGCCAGGCUGGUUCAAGGCGCUCCUCCCCAAGUCUGCGCUCACGGUGGAGGAGGAGGCGUGGAAUGCAUACCCUUACACCAAGACCCGGUACACAUGCCCCUUCAUCGAGCGCUUCUACCUCGAGAUUGAGACCAAGUACUUCGGGGACGCCGGAGAGCAGGAAAACGUUUUCGAGCUGGCGGGGCCGGAGCUCCGCAAUCGGCAAGUGGACGUAAUCGACGUGGUGCGGGACCAGCUGUUUGGGGCAGACUAUGUGCGUGAGGAGGACCCCCGGCUGUUUGUGUCCCCCAAGACGGGGCGGGGUCCCCUGGACGAGGACUGGAUCCAGGGCUUCCUGGACCACCGGCUGCAGGGAAUGCCCCCGCCCCCUCCGGGCGACGGCACCAUCAUGUGCGCCUACAAACUGUGCCGCGUGGAGUUCCGCUACUGGGGCAUGCAGAGCAAAAUCGAGAAGUUCAUCCACGACGUCGCACUGCGCAAGACGAUGCUGCGUGCACACCGGCAGGCCUGGGCCUGGCAGGACGAGUGGGUGGGGCUCACGAUGGAGGACAUCCGACAGAUCGAGCGGGAGACCCAGGAGGCCCUGGCCCGCAAGAUGGCCGCCGACGCAACCCCCGAGGGGGACGAGGACGGUGCCCUGCAGCACUCCUGCUCUGCCGCCUCCAUCCCAAAGGUGGACCUGAACGUGAUUGACAAGGACAAGGAGGUGACGGUGGGGGAGCCCGCCCCUCCGCCCGGGCGGGCCCGCUCUCCCGGCCGGCCCACCGAGGAUGCCCCCAGCCCCAGGGUGGCCGACGGCAGGGGACACGCCCCGGGGCCCCGCAAGUCCUGGGUGCGCAGCAACUCUAGGGGCGCCCUGCACUCCCCGAGUGGCAGCUCCACACAGAGCUUCGACCUGCAGCUGGCUAACUGGAGGAUGGAGAGCAUCGUUCGGGAGUCAGACAGCAGCUCCAACGAAGAGUUCUUCGACGCAGAGGAUGUCUGCGGAGUUGAGGACUUUGGCUUUGGCCCCAUGACCAAGUGGAGCUCCCUGGAGAUGGUUUCGUCGGAGAACGAGAAGGGCGGUAUCUUCGGGGGACCUUCCACGCCCGACGAGUCCGUGGAAUUCUUGUGCUGUGUUUGUUGGAUGCGCUUCGACAAAAGCUGCUCCUCGCCGACCACAAGACGUCAGUUGAAUGUGCGCAACCCUCUUUCUCGACUGUGUUUUUGGGCUGCCCGAGUUGGAUUAUGCAUCUUUCAAGGAUUACAUGAUAUCGCUUUUAUUAAGGACAGCAUCUUCAGCGCGUCCCACCUGCGCCGAGCAACGACCUUUGGCCGCCCGGGGCCGUCCUCGUCUCUGCCGGAGUCCCCCACGGCAUCCCCCGGCCACGGGGCUGCCCCCGGGAGUGCCCCGUGCUGCGCCACCUCGGUUCUGCUGCUGGUGCUGCACGGGGGCAACGUGCUGGACGGGGGCUCGGAGGGCUCCAAGGGCCCCGACCUGUCUACCUUCCGGGCGUCUCUGGAGGGGGCCGUGCGCCAGCACUACCCGGCCAUGCUGGGACGCCUGGCACUCCGCCUCGUGCCGUGCCCCGCCCCCUGCGCAGAGGCCCUGGCCGUGCUUUCCAACCUGAGCCCAUACAGCUUCCAGGCGUCCCCCUGUGCUCUGGAUGGGAGCACAUUUCGGCACCAGGACUCUAUCCCCCUGGGGGCUCUACCCCUCUUCGGGGUGUCGUCCCCCGAGUACCCCGAGCUGGUGGCCAAGACAGUGUGCGCCGCCAACCAGGUCUACCACGACUUCCUCAAGUCGGAGCAGGGCCACGGUUUCACCGGGCAGGUGUCCCUGAUUGGGGACAGUCUGGGGGCCAUCCUGGGCUUCGACGCCCUCUGCCGUGUGGCGCCCCUGGGCAGCCGGUACGGCAGUGACAACAGCAUCAACGAGGAGGCGCCCCCCGCGCCACGCCCCAACCCACUCAUUUCCAUCAGCGACGGCAGCGGGAACGACGAGGCAGAGGAGGGCCCCGCACCUCCGCGGACCUCGCCCCCGCAGGCCCCGUUGUCCUCCCAGGGCUCCGCCCCCGGGCGCAAGCCCCUCCCCCCAGCAGACGCCGAGGCGGGCGGCCUCUCGGAAGCAUCGUUCCAGCGACUGCUGAGUGCGCCUCCACCCCGGCGCUCCAGCUCCUGCUCGAGCGAGCAGGGCGGCCACGGCCGGUUCGACUUUGACGUCUCCGACUUCUUCAUGUUCGGGUCCCCCGUUGCCCUGGUGCUGGCCUACCGCAAGAUGCUCUCUUUCGACGACAAGAACGCGCCGCUGGUGCGCCCCCAGUGCUCCCAGGUGUACAACCUGUUCCACCCGACGGACCCUCUGGCUGCCCGGCUGGAGCCCCUGCUGAGCGCCCGCUUCUCCCAGCUGCCCCCCGUCAACGUGCCCCGCUACCAGAAGUACCCCCUCGGAGACGGCCAGCCCCUGCACCUACUGGAGUACCUGCAGAGCCACGCCCACCUGUUUGUGGAGGGGGUGGUGCCGUCGGCGGGCUAUGCGUCGAUGGGGCGCCGCACCAGCGAGGCCAGCAUCAGCAGCACUGUUUCGGGGGUCUCGGAGUCCCUGCCACUCAGCACCAUCACUUCACUGACACAGAAGUGGUGGGGCAGUCGGCGCCUGGACUUUGCCCUGUACUGCCCGGAGGGGCUGGCCAACUUCCCGCCCCACGUUCUACCGCACCUGUUCCACGCCAGCUACUGGGAGUCCAUGGAUGUGGUGGGGCUGCUGCUGCGCCAGCUGCUCAGGGGAGACUGCGCCCAGCCGGCCCCGGGGGGCGCUCCGGCCCUCGACCGAGACCUGGCCCCCUUUGUGCCAGGGCAGCCCCGCGAGAAGUGGCUCCGCAAGCGCACCUCCGUCAAGAUCAAGAACGUGGCGGCCAACCACCGGGCCAACGACGUCAUUGUGAAGGAGGGGGACCCCCAGCUGCUGAGCGCCCGCUUCAUGUACGGGCCCCUGGACAUGGUGGCCCUAUCCGGGGAGAAGGUGGACUUGCACCUCAUGCGCGACAAUGGCCAGUGGACCCUGCUGGGCACGCAGCUGACGGACCGCAAUGGGCGCCUCGGCUUCUGCGUACCCCGGGACUUGGGCCUGGGCUACGGGCUCUUCCCGGUCAAGGCCAUCGUCAGGGGAGAUCACACGGCGAUUGACUUCUUCCUGGCGGUGGUUCCGCCCAAGACGGAGUGUGUGGUGUUCAGCAUCGACGGCUCCUUCACAGCCAGCGUGUCCGUGUCCGGGAGGGACCCGAAGGUGCGGGCCGGAGCCGUGGAUGUGGUCAGGCACUGGCAGGAGCUGGGCUACCUGAUCAUCUACAUCACGGGGCGUCCCGACAUGCAGCAGCAGCGCGUGGUCUCCUGGCUGGCCCAGCACAACUUCCCCCACGGCCUGGUCUCCUUUGCCGAGGGGCUCUCUACCGAGCCCCUUCGCCACAAGGCCAGCUACCUCAGACAUUUACAGACACACGCGGAGGUGGUUUACCACGCUGCGUACGGCUCGGCGAAGGACAUUGCUGUCUACUCUGCCCUAGGGCUCACCAAGGACCAGAUCUUCAUUGUCGGAAAAGUGUCCAAGAAACAAUACUCUCAGGCCAUUGUACUGACGGAAGGCUAUGCUUCGCACCUGACGGAGCUGAAGAGCCCCGGUGUACCACUGUGCCGGCCCGCCCAGGGCAAUGCACGCAUGGUGCUGUCACGCGGCUGCUUCGGCCUUCCCGGCCAGGGCAUGGCCGGCCCCGGCGGGGCGCUCCGCCGUCGGCGCUCGGCCAAGCGCACCACCUCAUUCCCAUUGUCGGCGCCCCCUCCUGGCUCUCCGGGUGGACCGCGGCCGGGCUCCGGAAGCUCCAAGGUGUGACCGGAUCAGGCAGCAAGGCGCGCCACCUGGCAGGACCCAAAGUAUGCCGGGCCGGCGUUACAUGGAGCAACAACCUGGCAGGACCCAAAGUAUGCCGGGACGACAUUGCGUGGCGUGCCAACCUGGCAGGACCCAAACUAUAGAGGGCCGACAUUGUGGGCGUGCUAAACCGGCAGGACCCAAUCUAUGCUGGGCCAACAUUGCAAGGUGACCCCGGUGCUUGAGGAUCCCACCUUUGUAGCCCAACUUUCCAUUGUGCCGCUGCCAGACGUUUGGGCGCCGCUUCGAAUGCUCAUUCCUGUGACUCAAUCCGAGGAGAGCCCUAGGUGCCCUCGUGAGGUUGUGAGACGACUGUGCAGAAGUCGCGGCGAGCGAGCGGGGCCGGACUUCUGUAAGAAGUUCUCCGGAGAGUCGCUUAUGCAGCUUUGAUACCGGGCCGAGAACCCUCGGAAUUCGAGGCUGGAAUGAAACAGUUUCCUGACGCCUGUACAUAGAGGAGGUUGUGAACGGCGUUAGACAAAAUUUGAAACCUUUUCUGGUGCUUUUUUGAUUUUUGCCUGAAAAAUGAGUGACAUGGGACGUGCUUUGGUUGUAAAGCCUCAUAAGUAGUGAGCCUUCACAAAGGGCUGCCUGCUCAAUUGCCAACUGGAACAAGCGCAAAAUAUCUCUUCCAGAGAACUGUUUCAUUUCAGUGAGACCGAGUGUCGCAGUGCUUUGGUGCUCUGGUGCUCUGGUCCCUGGAGCAUCGCCACGGAAGUACUUUGAGUGGAGGGAGCACAAGGCAACUUUUGUUGCUGUGGGAAAUAACCAUAGAGAAUUGUGGAGAAUCGACAGUGGGGCAUCAGACCUUCUGGAACCUGGAAGGGGGCAGAGGUCAGAACACUUUCUUCGGGUUGAGUGCAACAUUUUAUUUAUUGUGUUGAUGCUUCUUACACAAUGUCAGGGCUGUCGGUGAGAUGUUUUGAAUAGGGAUUUGUUGUGUUCCCUUUUGCAAACUCUAGUGUCUGUACAGAAGGCCAGUGAAAGGCCGGGUCACAGUGCCGCGCAUCAUUCCCAAGUGAUUGGUUGUCAGCGACUGCAAACUGCGUUGCUCCUUACUACCUAGAGCUCUGCAGAGUAGUCCUCAAAGUUGCUCUGGCGAGGAAAUCUGGGCUCCGCUUCUAAGCAAUUGUGUUGUCCUCAAAGUGCACCUCCCAGGAAGCGGGUGGAAGAGCGGCCAGGUUGAAGCCCCGUGGAGUCGACCUGGGCCUUUUGUUUGGCAAAGAAGGAAUUAGCACGCUACCGGGAAAGCUGGUUUCCAUCCGUGUUCCCGCGACACAAAUUGUUAUACGGCAUCUAGUACAUGCUAGGAAAGUGUGAAACGGCAAAUAUGCCAAGUCCUGCAACGGUGCCGGCUUGUUUUGUUUUUCCAUCACUGUCUGCCCUAAGUAUGUUGCAUCACUACUAAGGCUGUUGGAUGACGAGCUCCCGCGCAUUAGGAUGCUUCUUAUAAAUGGCACGCCGGGAUCUACGGAAGCAUACGUAAGUGCACCAUAAAAGCUUUGUGCAUUCGAACACUGCUUAAGACUCGAAGCCCAUUGUGGUUGGCAUAAUCGUUCCCCACCAAAGAAACACAUUUCAUUUUCAGUGUGGGGCAAUUAACCAUGCCGACUAGAGUGCCUCAAAACACGAAAACAGUGAGGUCACUCGCAAGUGUGAAGGUGUGGACUCGACAGUUGUCUGCAUCCCGCAUAAAAGAUUUCUCUUAAUGCUAGCACCACAGACCGCACAGGAAGCCCGGCUCUGUGGCGGAAAGGCCUCCGAGAUGUCACAGCACUUGGCGCCGUUGAGGCGUUGUUCCCCCUUUCCCCGUAGCUGCAUCUUUGUGAAGUUGAUGGCAGACCCUCGUUUACUGAGAACCGAGAGACGCGAUAGUUCCUGGCUGGCUGCAUGGAAGCAGUCCGCCCUCGCAGAAAGGUCCCUGCGAGGCUUCUCGAGCCCCACACGUUUUCUCCUGCUGAAGAGACCAGUACAAAGUUUCCUCGCCACAAGCUGAACGUUGACCGACGUCUGUUUUCUGCGAGGCGACCCCCCUCCCCCUUGCAUUCCACCGGGUUCCCCCCCCGUGGCCCCCCCGGUUGUGAGAAGCACACCCCCCGGGAGGGCCUGCGGUGCCGUCGCGCCGUGGCUCUUGCGGUCUAGUCGUCGACGACCAGUUUGUUGUGGGGUGUCUUUUUUCUUUUCACCAGCGUUAAGUUUGUUGUUUCUCUGCCGAAAGAGCGAGUGUUUAGUUUUCUCAAUGUCGUUCACAGUCUUUGUCGUCGUCGAGUGGCGCCACUUUGUUUGUUGCGUGGGGUUUUACUUGGGGGCCUGCUUUCAACAGGGUGAAGAGAGAAAAAAGGUGCUGCUGCUUCGAGAUGCCUCGCCGAAAGUGAAAAAAAAAAGAGAUUUCCUUAGCACGGCCAUUCUACAAUGUGUCCAAAUGUGGUUUGGCUCAUUUUUCGUGAGGCAAAAUUGAAGGGCAAUAAGUCCAUCUUGGAAGUGCAUACGAGUAGUGCCAGACACGGGGCACCUUCUUUCUGCACCGGAACUGGUCGGCAAGUUUUGACAGUGUUCGGAAGGACGCAGCCAGCAGUGUGCAGAUUCUGCAGCCCCUUGGUUCCUAGUCUUUUGUGUGCAGUACCAUAAACUGCUUUGCCAUACCGUUUUUUACUCUUAGGCCACCGAGAAGCCCCAGUUUUCCUGUACAGCCACAAAAAUGGGGGUUCGCGAGCUCAUUCAAGGACAAAGCCAUCUUUUGAGGCACCGGUAUUCCUUGGCGUACACUAGCGAGUGGUAAAAACGGGGCAAUUGUAUCGGACAACUUUCGAGACGACAGUUUGGUGAGCACCAGACUGCGUGUCCCGCUUCAGUAUUCGUGCCCCAAAGACGCUUAAUUAAUUAACAUCAGUUUCGAGGCUCUACUUUGUGAUGACCUUCGGUUGCCCCCUAGUCCUUUAUUGGGUCUUUCCAAGCAGCACUUGGCCCACUUCCUUAGUUGCCUUGUCACCUAUUGGGAACAUUGCUGGAGUCUUGAUCCGCACCCAAAGCACCGUCUAGUCACCACGAGGAAUUAAUGUUCCGAGGACUGUGGAGGAGGAACGGCGUAGCACCCUUCCGGCUUUUACUCUGCAUAAGCGGCCAUACUACAAUAGGAGGAGGGAAGAGCUUGUCACAGCGACUGUAGUCUUUGAAAGGCAGCCUCAUGCACGGUACGGUUAGUGCGGCAGAAGCCAGUUUACAGGCUCACGUUAAUUGUUACCUCUCACAAGGACCCUGGGUUCACACACCGCUAGAAGCAUACUCACGUCGUGUUGCAACCAUACUUCACGAGGCAGGCUCGAAGUCCUCGCACGUCGCCCAGUUCCGUUCCUCACUGCACGUGGUCUUCGUGUAUCGUUGCCACAGACCAUUGCGGUCAGCCUCUUGCGACAGAGCGCAAACGAGGUUGGAGGUUCGUGCAUUCUGACGCACGAGGCAAUGCGUCGUCCUGCUGGCAUCUGCGUGGUUCCUUCCGGCAUUUUGGUGCGGCAACCACGUUGCGGGACAGCGAGUGUUUGUCCUCGGGUCGUAGGACGUCUGGCUGCGCAGUGAUUUGAACAGAAACCAUGGAGAAGCGAGCACGCGUGCGCAAUGCUGCUUUUGGUUUCUUUCUGCGACGUUCCACUUUUUUUCUUAUACUUUCUUCGCUGUUGCUAUGACGACUUCAUGUCGAUCAAGACAGGAGCCAAACGAUACAUUUUUUAUUUACAGAAAUAAAAAAAAAAAAAAAAA